AUGCUUCUUAGAAACGUCUAUAGAAAUUCUUAUCAUAAUUAAUUAUUUAAUGUCUUCAAGUUUAAUUAUCAUGAAAAAGUAAUUGACCAUUUCGAAAAGCCUAGAAACGUUGGUUCAUUAGAUAAAAAUUCCAAAAACGUAGGUACAGGUUUAGUAGGAGCUCCUGCAUGUGGUGAUGUAAUGAAAUUAUAAAUUGAAGUAAAUGAGGAAAAUUAAACUAUAGAAAGAGCUACUUUCGGAUGUGGAUCUGCAAUUGCUAGUAGUUCAUAUGCGACUGAAUUAAUAAAAGGUAUGUCUUUAGAUGAUGCUUCUUAAAUUAAGAAUUCAGAAAUUGCAUAAUAUUUAAAAUUACCUCCUGUAAAAUUACAUUGUUCAAUGCUUGCUGAAGAUGCAAUUAAAAAAGCUGUUAGUGAUUAUAAAUCAAAAUAAUAAAAAACUGAAUAAAAAUGA